CCCUCUACAAAACCAAUUCGCGUACCCAAAGCUGUCUUUCUUCAACCUUCCUCGCUUGCUUCUUCUGAAACCCAGAAGAGAGAAGGAAGAAGACGAGCUUUGGGAAGAGAAAGGAUCUUCACUUCUUGUUCCGUACAGGGGUCUAUCUCUGCUUUGUGUUUCAAAUUAAAUUUGAAGAAUUCUUACAAAUCUAGAUCCAAUGCCUGCCCUAAAUAUGAAGGCUAAAUCCAGCAUUUCUGUAAAAGAAAUAAGUUGUCUCCGUGUUGCUGGGAAGUCGAGUAAAAUCUCCAAGACUUCAGGUUCUGUAGUCCGAUUGUUUUAUGAAACAGUGGACUUGGAUAAAUCGAUUCAAAAUUUUCAAAAUGGUUCUAGCAAAAUUGAAUUAUCUGCCACAGAAGAUAGAAGUAAUGAAGUUAUUCUGAAAAUGCAUCAUGAUGGAGAAUAUCCAUCUUGCCAAAAACAAUUUUCCUGUGCUGAAGAUCCUAUUUCCAUUGAAAGAAUAGAUUUUCCAAUUUUCACAUGCUCCAUUAAUCCCGAAGCAAUACUCUCUCCUCUUAUCGAUGGCAGUGGCAUUCAUCUCAAGUCAAGUGCUCAGGAUCAUGAAGAGUGUGAAGAUGGUACUAUGGUUCCGGAAAUUACAGCUGGUGGCUAUGAUAGUUGGAGCAGUUUGUCUUCCAGUGAUCCAACUUCUAAUGUUUCAGAUUCUCAUAUCUCUGACACGAGUGUACCUGUAUCCAUUGGAGGGUUUACUGAAUUUGAUGAUAUUCUAACCGAUUUCUUAUUCACUGAGCCAGAUUAUGCUGGGCAAAAUCUGAUUCUUGAUAUGACAGUGGAAUGUAUGAAGUUGCCUGCCCUUGAGGAGGAACCAGUAGAGAAAAUGAAUAUUCAUUUUCAUGGAUCCUGUGAAGAUCUUUUGGAGACCUUCAAAUAUUCAUGGUUCCAUCCAGUGAGCCAGCAGAUGAGACCCAAUCAUCACGAAAUUGAUGUCAACUCUAAUUCUGUUGAUUUAAAUGAAGCAGAUUUUGAUCCACAAUUGUUCAUUAGAAAUUGUCUGAACUUCUCUGAAGAGGAAGCUGACCUUUUGCCAGUGUUGGUGUACAAGGAGACGAGCACAAGGAAGCAUAUAACAUUAGUUCUUGAUUUGGAUGAAACACUCGUCCACUCCACCAUGGAACCCUGUGAUAAUGCAGACUUCACCCUUCAAGUUUCCUUUGACAUGAAAGACCACACUGUCUAUGUAAGAAAAAGACCCUUCCUCCAGACAUUUUUGGAGAGAGUGGCAGAGAUGUUUGAAGUCGUUGUUUUUACUGCCAGCCAAAGCAUUUAUGCUGAGCAGCUGCUGGAUAUGCUAGAUCCAGAGAAAAAGUAUAUUUCUCAACGCCUUUUUAGAGAAUCAUGCAUAUUUUCUGAUGAUAGCUACACCAAAGAUUUGACAGUUUUUGGAGUUGACCUGUCAAAGAUAGCUAUAAUUGACAAUUCUCCACAGGUGUUUCGGUUGCAAGUAAAUAAUGGUAUUCCCAUAGAAAGUUGGUUCGACGAUCCAUCAGACUCUGCUCUAAUUUCCUUAAUUCCCUUUUUAGAAACUUUGGCCAAUGUAGAUGAUGUCCGCCCCAUCAUAGCAAAAAAAUUUGGUAUGAAGGAAUAACUUUCACCGUUAAGUUCUCCAUAAGCUGAAAAGGAGGAGCACUGAUCCUCCAUCUCUCUGUGGAAAUGACCACAAACUUGGAUAUAUCAUUCAUGUGGUGAGUUUUUUUCCUGCUGCCAUAGCCAAAGUUGUUAAUUAGAGUAAAUGUACAACUAUUGUUGCUGAUUCAGUUAAAAUAGGCUCUUCCACUUCCUGUUUGUUUCUUCAUAGAUAUGUAAGUUAAAAGUUGCUGGUUUUUUGGAAGAGAUAGAAAUAUUUGUAAAUAUUCAAUUUUUUUACUGAAGUAAAAUCAUUUUCUGUUUUGUCUUACAUCAGUAGGUGCAGCCUUCCGAAUUACAAGAAUGAAAUAGCUAUAUCACUUAGGUUCUUUUGUAGUUGAAAGGGUUAUUGUAUACAUGGCGAAUUUGCUGUGUUUAUGUAAACAAUAAGCCUUGUCCGGUAUGAAUCUUCAUAAUGUACUUUGUGUGUUCUGUUAUGUA